AUGCCGCAGCAAAGUCGCCCAGACAACUCAAUUUCAAAGCAACCACCUCCAUUUCCCCAACGGUUUGAGAAGCAAAAGCAAGAUGCUCAAUUCAAGAAAUUUCUAGAUGUUUUGAAGCAGCUGUGUAUUAACAUCCCACUUGUGGAAGCCCUUAAACAAAUGCCCAACUAUGCAAAAAAAUUGAAAGAUAUUCUUACAGGGAAGAGAAGGUUGGUGGAGUUUGAAAAGGUAGCUCUAACUAAGGAGUGUAGCUCAUUCUUGCAGAACAAGUUGCCUCCUAAAAUAAAAGAUCCAGGAAGUUUCACCAUUCCAUGUACUAUUGGAGAUUCUUAUUGUGGAAUGGCUUUGUGUGAUUUGGGUGCUAGCAUAAACUUGAUGACAAUGUUUGUGUUCAAGCGGUUAGGGAUUGGGGGGGUUAGACCUACAACAGUUACUCUUCAACUAGCUGAUAGAUCCAUCUCUCACCCUGAUGGAAAAAUUGAAGAUGUGUUGGUAAGAGUUGACAAAUUCAUUGUUCCCGUUGACUUUAUUGUUCUAGACUAUGAGGCGGAUAUAGAGGUGCCUAUUAUUUUGGGGAGGCCAUUUCUUGCUACUGGUAGAACUUUGAUCGACGUGGAAAAAAGGGAGCUCACAAUGCGAGCUCAAGAUGAGCAAGUAACGUUCAAGGUAUUCAAUCCUAUACGUUCUCCAGAUGAGUUGGGGGAGUGUUUGGUCAUUCAUGUCAUGGACUCUAAUAUGGAGGAAGAGAUACCCACAAAUUAUAACAAGAUUUUGAAGAUGAAGCUACCUCCUGAAAAAAUUAAGAAAGACAAUGAGCCAUGGAGAACUGUAAAAAAGGCAUCGUCUCACAUGCAAGAGCCACAUAGAAAGAAGAAAAAGAAGCAUGGUAGGAAAGCUCACCCCCAAAUGUUUGAAGUGGGGCAGCGGGUGUUUUUCUCUAAUCCUCAGAUGAAAGGAUUCUCCAAACAUCUAAAAUCAAGCUUCUCCGAUUCAUACUCUGUAAUCAAAGUCUAUCCUUGUGGUGCAUUGGAUUUGCAUGAUGAAAAUUUAGGAAUAAAGUUUAAGGUGAAUGGGAAAGAAUAUAAGUUUGGGGGUAACGAGGUUAAGCAACACAAGACCUCGACCACCUCACUUAAUCUUUGA